AUGGAAGAAUGCAACCUUCUCUCCGUAGCCUACAAGAACGUCAUCGGAUCUCUCCGUGCGGCGUGGCGAAUUGUCUCAUCGAUUGAGCAGAAAGAAGAGAGUCGACGCAACGAGGAUCGUGUUCCUUUAGUCAAAUCUUACCGUUCUAAAGUUGAAUCGGAGCUUUCUUCUAUUUACGGCUCCAUCUUUAAGCUACUCGAUUCUCAUCUCUUGCUUUCGGCUUCUAGUACUGAAUCUAAGGUCAUUCAUUUGAAGAUGAAGGGUGAUUAUCAUCGUUAUUUGGCUGAGUUUCUUGCUGGUGAUGAAAGGAAGAAGUCUGUUGAAGAAACUCUUUUUCUCCGUUGA